AUUCGAAGCUUUUAUCUCUCUACUCUCUCACCGAGAUAUAUCUUUCUCUCUCUACUCUCUCUCCGAGAUAAAUCUUUCUCUCUCUACUCUCUCUCUAGAGUCUUAUCCUCCCAGAUAUCUCUCUCUCUCUACUCUCUCUCUAGAGUCAUAUCCAGAUUCAGUGGGGUUCUCUCCGUUUUGGUUCUAUUGUUUGGGUUUUUCUUCGCCAUUAGAAGAUAGUCUCUCUCUUUCUCUCUCUAACUUUUGGUAUUUGGAUCUGAUCAUCAAUGGCGCCCGCUGAAGAGGCUAUCGUUAUUACUGAAGAGAAUCUUACAGUGGAGGAGAAAGGAGCAAAAGGGGGCCGAUCCACGAAGGCGAAGACCCCAAAAGAGCCCAAAGCUAAGAAGCCAAGGAGCAGGGCAGCUCCUUCCCAUCCUCCUUACAUUGAGAUGAUCACAGAGUCCAUUGUUUCACUCAAGGAGAGGACUGGUUCAAGUCAAUAUGCCAUUACUAAGUUCAUUGAAGACAAGUACAAGUCUCACCUUCCCCCCACCUUCAAGAAACUCCUCCUUUACAACCUCAAAAGACUUGUUGCUCAGGGUAAGCUCACCAAGGUGAAAUCAUCCUUCAAGCUUGCGCCGACUGCUAAGCCUGCUGCUGCAAAGAAGCCUGCAACUGCCCCAAAGCCCAAGCCUAAACCCAAGACCAAGUCCUCAACUGCAGCCAAACCCAAAGCCACAACAGCGAAGCCCAAACCCAAGUCCAAGCCAGCUGCCAAACCAAAGGCCAAGGCUGCUGCUCCUGCCAAGAAACCGGCUGCAAAGCCCAAGGCAACAACUGCAAAGUCCAGGCCCACAAAGGUGGCAAAAACCUCAGCUAAAACUUCUCCAGGAAAGAAGAAGGCUGCUGCUCCAGCAAAGAAGAAGCCUGUGGUUUCAAAAGCUCCAAAAGUGAAAAAACCAAAGACUGUGAAAUCAGUCAAGGCAACCCCUACUAAGGGAAAGAGGAGUGUGUAGUCUCCGGCAAAGAAUGGGACGAGGAAGACGAGUAAGUGAGGGUGGUUAGUUGGGUCGGUAGUGGUUUUUGAGGGUUGUUUUUGAGCCCGCUCUGUAAAUUUUAAGAUGAUGUGUACUGGUGGUCUCUUUAGAGUGACUGUAACUGCGACUUCUUAGUUUGGAUGUGGAGGGAGGGACAGACAUUGGUCUUUGCUUUUUUUAUUUGUUUCAGGAUGGAUAUGGUGAUGGAUGGAUCCGAUCCGUUGCCCUGUGAAUCACUUUUUAAUCGAUACGUUUUUAUGCCUUUCAAUUGAUUAUGGAAGAGCCCAUUUCGUUUC